AUGUCGAGCGUGACAGGUGACCCGUCUCUUAUAACAGUAGCCAUUACUCCAAAAUACUUUAUGGUAGAAGAGGAAGUAGAACAAAGGAACAGCACUCUCAUAUCCAUAGUAGGAAGUAUCCUUGGCUAUUAUAGAAUUGAUUUAAUCAGUCCAUGGGGUUUCGUGAAUAGUGGACGCUGUGGAUUCAGAAAACUUAAAAAGAAAACCAACGAAAGCCUUCUAUUAGUUAUGAAGGAUGAUGACAUAGAAAAACGCGAGAAUUUUUUAGAACUCUCACAAAGAGUUAGACAUUUGGAAAAAUUUGAAUUUUUCCUUAAAGAUUAUCCACUAAAAUAG